AUGGCUGCUCGAUGGAGAUCGAUCAUCUCGCCUCACUCCUGUUGGUGCUUCUGGUGGAAGGUUUUUGCUCGGUUUCCCUUUCUCCCUUACAUGUCGUUGCUAGCGUCUGACGAAGUCCACGACGUUAACGACCCCAUACUUACGACCUUUGCGCGGCAUCGCCAGCCAGCGACCCAACGACCAGUGUCCGCCUCAGCAGACUCCCAAUUCCGACCUCCUAGCGCGUCCGACUCGCAGCGCACCUUACGUCGCGUUCGCCGAGAGCCAGAGACUCGACAAAACCUCCAUCGUCGAGCGGUCUCCCUAGACGCCUCUCCGCACCCUCACCCUCAGCCGGCGCAUACAAGACAAAGCUCUGUGCAACAGCCCCCAGCCAGUGGAAUUGCUGCGCUACGUCCGGCCCUUUCCGAAGCCCAUACUGAUGACAACGGGUCGACUGUAGACGACCCCUACCAGCUCCUCGAUACAUCCUAUUGGCCGCAGCGUACCACCGGUGUCUCAUCGCGCACUGCGUCGGCAAUUCUCUUUGCUCUCGAAGACGCUAUUCGCGGCCCCCUUCAACUUUCAACUGAUUGGGACGAAGUGAAUGCUUCCAUGUCAGACAUGGUAGGCGUAGCUGGUCCUCCUGGACCUAUGGGCAACGGCCGUCCUCAGAAUGGUGGAGCCCGUGUACCCCAAAAUCUGAAUCCAGUGUCGGGGUCAUCGCAGCCCCCGAGUGGGAUGCGAACCCCGACAGAUAUCAUGAGACAACGAAGGGAUCGGGAAGCCCGCCGCAAGGCAGAGCAGGAUGCCCGAGACAGGGAGCAGGAGGAACUGGAACGACAGCAACUGAAGCAUGAGCAAGCUCAAAUUCAGGCUGAGGCCCAGGCUCGGGCUCAGGCUCAGCAGUAUUCUGCUGCUAUUUCUGGGGAUAACGCUUCCCAGUCGCGAACUCGGAUCCCGCGCGCAUCUAGGGCUGCUGAAGCACAGCCUGAUACUGUUCCUGUCAGUGGGCCACCGGCUGGCCAACAACCCGCGCCUCCCACGACCAGUGCAGGACCAGUUGCCGGUCAAUCUCGGCCAGUCCAAACAUCUAGUCAACAGCCCCGUGGUGAAACUGCAUCACAGCAUGGCCGAUCGAAGAGUGCUGCUGCUGCUGGAGCUCAGACCGGACCGAGUGGAUUCUCCAAGCCUGCCCAACCUGCCGCAGCUGCAGCAUCAUCUGCUACCGCGCAAUCUCUGCAACAGCCGCGACGUGUUGGUUUCCCGCAUGCAUUUGAACGAUGGGAAACCCUUUCCUCCCAUUGGGAGGGCCUCACCAGUUACUGGAUGCGCAAGCUUGAACAACACAACGAGGACCUAGAGCGUGAUCCUGUCAGCCAACAGCUUGCUCGACAGAUCACCGACUUGUCCGCCGCUGGCGCCAACUUGUUUCAUGCAGUAGUCGAAUUGCAACGUCUCCGGGCAUCCUCGGAACGCAAGUUCCAGCGCUGGUUCUUCGACACCCGCGCCGAGCAGGAACGAGCCAAGGAAGUCCAAGCAGACCUGGACCGCCAGCUGAAAGCUGAACGACAAGGGCGAGCCGAUGCCUUCGCAGCCGUCCAAACCGCCGAAAAAGACAAAGUUCACGCAGAAGAGCUCCUCAAAGAGAUGCGACGUGAACUCCAAAUCUCGAAAGAAGAAGCCCGCCGCGCAUGGGAAGAACUCGGCCGCCGCGAACAGGAAGAGCGAGACCGAACCAACUCCCUCCGCAACGGCGAACCAACCCUCGUCGGCGGCGUGCAAGUAGUGCCCAUGAUAUCCGGUGUCCCAAGCCGACACAACACAACCAACCGACCCCAAACCCGCGAAGGACCCUACCCAAGCGGCCCCACAGCCACCAGCAUGGGCACAGACGCCUACGGCAAACCAACCGGACCAAGUACCAGCGGCCAAUACUACGAAGACGGCACCCCGAUGUCCCCAACCGGCUCCGAUCCCUUCAUCGAACCCAAAAAGACAGACCCCCCAGCCACCUCGAAAGCCCCCUACUCGGGCCAACUCUACGAGCAUCAAAACACCUCCAUGCCCUACGCCACAGCGCAGCCCACAACCUCAGAACCGGAUGACCGCUCCUACGUAGGCAGCAGUGACGCCGGCGACGAGGAGUACGCGCAUUACGCACACGAUGCCCAAGGACACCCUCUCUCCUACCCACCCCCUCUCUCCGAGGGAAGCGAGGAAUACGACAAUUCCCCCGAGGACGAUCGCCACUACAUGCCCGACGGCGCAUACACCUCUGCUGCAUCCUCUGCGCCUUCGCAGGCUCCUUACCCGCCUGUGUCGGCCGCAGAUUACAGUGGUGCGGGCUGGGGUCCUGGCACGGGCUGGGAGUCUGUGACCCCCGUCAUCGCCACCCGACUCGACUCAGUGAUGUCCUUGAAGAGGAUGAGCCGAGUCGGACCAGUCCGAGUCGUGCGAGUCAGCGGAGUCGCAGCCAGGCUAGUCGCAGUAUUCUUUAGUGGAUGCUUUGGUUGGUUGAGGCUAUCUUAUGUGCAUAAAAUGUGA